UUUUUAGUUUGGUUACCUUUAGUCUGUGUGUAAAAAGUUAAUAACUCUUAAACGUCAGCAAAAGUUUCUUUAGGAUAAGCUGAUUACUUCAUGCAUACUUUGUUAGAUCUUGGUUCUAGUAUGUAAAUCCCUGAUGUUAUUAGGCUGAGCUUUGAAAAUAUAUCCGUUAAUGAGGUGCACAGUUAAUCUGGAUAUGUAAAGCAGACUUCAUGUUCUUAGGAAACAAUAUGUCUUCAGAAGUCACAGAAUUUGAUCAGUGAAGUGUUUGGGCCACGGGGGUGUUGUAAAUAGGAUGGUGUAGAAUAGCAAAUAAUUCACUUCCCAGAUCGCUCUAUCCACAACUUCUAGUUCUUGAAUCUCGCUUUUUUUAUUUUGUGCUUUGAUCACAUUGAGGAAAGCUCACCUGUUUUAACCAACUCUGCAGGUAAUUGGGUUUGUGCUGUGACUCUAGUUUAGUACAACACUGUAAAGCAUUCUCCUCACAUUUUUUCUUUUCCCUCCAAAGCGAUCCAAUUAAUAUGCUAAUGAGAUGAUAAAUAUUUAUGAAUAUUUAAAUUGGGGGAAAAAGCUCUCAGAGCGCAGUGUGAAAUGAAUUGCUCGCAGGACUUCAAAGCGUUGCUAGGCUAAUGAAUCGAGGGAGAUUUGCAUAUGGCUUUAAUAAGCUGCAUACUGAUUACGCUUCAUUACGAGCGCUGUCAGCCGCUCGGCUUCUGUUCCAUUAUGGAAUGAAAACGAACUUCUUUGCACUCUAGUUGUUAUGACAAUCAUGGCACGGAUAGAGAGAGUGAGUGAGUGAGUGAGUGAGAAAGAAAGAAAGAGAAACAGCAACCGCGGCAAAGAGAUUUUGAGAGGAGCGACCACAGUGUCAGCGAGCUCAGCUGUGCUCUGCACAUGUGCCGUGCCUGUGUGUUGACUUGCUGCAAACCGUUUAGUCAAACAUCUUUGCUUUGAGUGCUUUGUGUACCAAGCUUGUUGUGAUGCUCGUGGAUACGCUUGAGAAAGCAGGUGCAACAGCUGCUGAUUCUAGAAUGAGUAAUCCAUCAGAAACGAGUAAAUGUGCAAUGGAGAGCGGGGACGAAAACACUGGUGCCCAAACAAAUGGACUGGACUUUCAGAGACAGACUGUGCAAACAACAAGCGCAAUCACCAAUGCACACGCACAGGCUUUCCUCCAACAGUUGACUUUGACUCCAGCGCAGCAGCAGUUAUUGCUGCAGCAGGCCCAGGCUCAGUUGUUAGCCGCAGCUGUGCAGCAUUCGGCCGGCCAGCAGAGCAGCACUACAGGAGCCAACAUCUCAGCCUCCGCUGCCACACCCAUCACACAGAUCCCCCUCUCCCAACCCAUCCAGAUCACACCUCAGUUACAGCAGCUGCAACAGCAGCAGAACCUCAACCUGCAGCAGUUUGUGCUGGUCCAGCCGGGCCACCACAUCGCAACCCAAUUGCAGCCUGCGCAGUUCAUCAUCUCCCAGACACCACAGGGCCAACAGAGUCUUCUUCAAGCCCAGAACCUUCUAACUCAACUACCUCAAAGCCAAGCCAACCUCCUGCAGACCCAGCCAAGCAUCACACUUGCCACACAGUCCUUGUUCUUGAAUUCGUCUUCGCAGCCUGCGACACCCACACGCACGAUAGCAGCAACCCCCAUCCAAUCCCUGCCUCACACCCAGACUACACCAAAGCACAUUGACACACCCAGUCUGGAGGAGCCCAGCGACUUAGAGGAGCUAGAGCAGUUUGCCAAGACCUUCAAACAGAGACGUAUCAAACUGGGCUUCACACAGGGAGAUGUUGGCCUUGCCAUGGGAAAACUUUACGGAAAUGACUUCAGCCAAACCACCAUUUCUCGCUUUGAGGCCUUGAACCUGAGCUUUAAAAACAUGUGCAAACUGAAGCCCCUGCUUGAGAAAUGGCUCAAUGAUGCAGUUUGUGCAGAGAAUCAGACGUCCGAUCAGGGCCUUUCCAGUCCCAGCUCUCUUGGCUCGCCUGGGCUGGGCUUGGAGGGCCUGAACCGUCGCCGCAAGAAAAGGACCAGCAUCGAGACCAACAUCAGAGUGGCCUUAGAAAAAAGCUUUCUGGAGCAGAACCAAAAACCUACCUCUGAGGAGAUCACCAUGAUCGCGGACCAGCUGAAUAUGGAGAAGGAGGUGAUCCGAGUAUGGUUCUGUAACCGCCGGCAGAAAGAGAAAAGGAUCAACCCGCCCAGCAGUGGCAGCAUUGUCAGCACCCCUAUCAAAACGAUCUUCUCUCCUACCACUUCUCUGGUGCCGAGCACAGCCAGUCUUGUGACCAGUAACACGCCGACUACAUUGACUGUAAACCCAAUUAUGCCUCUCACCAGCACUAGUGUCUCCAGCAUAGGUUUCACUGGCACAACUAUUGGCUCGGCUACCACUAACACUGCAUCCGUCAUCUCUACUGCACCCGUGGCCACUACUGCAGCAUCCUCUCCGUCACUUAGCCCUUCUCCCUCAACGCCGCAUACAUCCUCCAUGGAGCAGGCAUCGCCUCAGGAGACCGUGACGGCGGUAAGUCAGGCACCCUCCUCCUUGGCGUCCACUUUGGGUACUGGGCAGGUGAUGGUGUCGGCCUCCAGCCUCUCUGCUGCUCUGCAAGGAGCCUCCCAGCUGCCCACCAGUGCCAGCAUCGCUGCAAUGGCUGCCGCCGCAGGCCUUAAUCCCGGGCUCAUGGCAUCCUCGCAGUUCACUCCCGGUGGGGCUUUUCUUAGUUUGGCACCUGGUGGUCUUGGGAGCCUGAGUCCGGCACUGAUGAGUAAUAGCACCUUGGCCACAAUCCAAGGUGUGUGGAGCGCCCUGGCAUCUGGUGGCACUCUGCCCAUUACGUCUCUGGAUGGGAGCGGGAAUCUGCUGUUCGCGAACACCAGUGCAGGCAGUACCCCGAAUCUCGUGACGGCGCCCCUCUUUCUGAGCCCUCAGAAUCUGUCGCUGCUCGCCAGCAACCCGGUCAGCCUCGUGUCCGCGGGAGGGGCGGCAGGUGCAGCCGGAGCCCUCAACCUGCACAUAAGCGCCGACGCCCAUCAAAAUGCUGUUACCACGGCAACUAUGCCCUCCUCCACCAUUACCACGGCCUCUAAGGCCCAGUGAAAGCUUUACCCACUCUACUCUUCUUCUAUACUUCUAAUCUUCAUCGACUUUUCUCUCUAUCUCUUGCUACCACCAAAAACAAACCCACAAGGAUUUGAUAUUAACGUUUUAAAUGUUAAUGGUUACGUUCGUAUCGUAUCUUUUUUUCCACAUAUCUUUACACCUUAAUGAUGGACUCCAUACGUUAGCAUCUCCAUAGGGCUUGCAUCAGGAGAGAAAAAACCUCCCUGGACAUUUUGCCAAGUCUCUCUGUGCGAUGCAAAAACGUGUUAGGUUUAGUGAGCUCAUUUAGUGCGUCUUGUCUCACAUUUUCAUGAUCUCUCUACUUCAGAAGAUCUUCUAAAAUGCUUUGAACCAAAAACCUUGUUUACUCUGAACUACUUCUGAGAGUAACCCUCCUCUUCCUCACGUAGAUAAAGGACACCUUAUGUUCGAUCUUGUCUCUUUCCACUGGAGAUCUUUACAGGCCUUUUCUACAACUUUUCCUUUUAGAUCCACAUAGUUUCUUUUAUAUCAAGCAGUGGGUUAGCUUUAUGUCCUGUAUCUUACUAACUCGUGGUUACAAGGCUUUAAUAUGGAGUAAUAAGCGGCUGUGAUGCUUUAAGGAAUCGUUUAACUGGCCUUUCUUUCUAGAAACACUUCUAGAUUUAUUUUUUUGUAGUUUACUCUGUAGUAGCAGACUUUGACUGGAUUCAGACCCAGACUCAAAGGCUAACUUUCUAAAAGCUUUAAGGAAUUGUUAUUAACCGUCAAGGAGGAUUUGUUAAGCGAGAAUAACAGUGACUGAGCUGUAGCGUCUACUCUCUAGCAAAUUAAAAGCAUAAGGAACGCGUGAACAAACCUUAUAUUGCUGUGAGGUAAACCUCCUCAAGGUCUUCCUAGCAUGGGAUGUACUGUUGGUUAAGUCACCUGAUUGUGAAAGUGUAGGUCAAGGGAGAAGUUAAGUUGGAUGAUGUUUUUAUUUUUUUAUUUUUUUUCUACUCGUGCACAGUAUCUGUACCAAAAAAAAAAACUGGAUUUAAGAACUGCAGUCUGCUGGGUUUUAGCAGAGCUCCUGUCACACUUUAAGAGGUCUUUAUUUCAGAGGUCUUUGUAUUGCCUCACUUUGAAGAUAUACCAAAAAUCUUUGUUAUACCUGUUGCUGUAUAUUGCUAUUGUAGCGUAGUUGAAGCCUAAAUAUUUAUGAGCGAAGGCUCUUGGUAGACCACAGGAAAUAUAAUGCAAUAUUUUGAAAGUUUUUUCCAAAGACAAAACAUAGUUUUUUCUUUCUUUUUUUCCUUUUUAAUUAAUAUUAUUAUUUUUAUUUUUAAUUAUGGCUGUUCCUCAAUUUUGUAGUGUCAGUGCAUAGAUCUGGGGGUCAAAGGAGAGGAGACGGCAGGACAUGAUGCUACAGCAAGACCUCAGAGUACCAGAGUGAAAACAUGGAUUGUUUUCUUUCACUGGUUUAUUGUUGAGAAAUUAGAUGGGACUUUUAUAGAAGAGUCUCUCCUUUGGUUAGAGCAGUGGUUCUCAAACGUUUCUGUGUGCCCCCUCCCUGUAUAAGGUGCACCCUUUGUGCCCCUCCACAAAGAAAGUUCAUGACAUAAAACAAUAGUAAAUGAUACAAUGUAAUGCUGUUGGUUAGUAACCAACAUGAUAAAUUAAUUUAUUUUAUAAAAUGUCACAAUAGUAGGGUCCCCUCUGCACCAUCUUGCGCCCCCCAGUUUGAGAACCACUGGGUUAGAGAUGUAUUUCUUAAAACUUACAGGCUUUUUAAAUACUUUCCCUAGUUUAAAGGGCCAUCACUUUAUGUGGGCCCUGGUACAAAUUUGUCAUUGGUGUUCCUUUUCCAUGGAACCCAAUGAGUAUGCUGUACGAUAGAGGACAUUAGCGGUCCCCUUUUGUCACAGGGAGGUGGAAAAGGUGUCUUUUGUCCCCAUAUAACCUUAAAAGGCUUGGAUGGGAGCAGAAUUGAGAAUUUUAGCCAAAUGGUCUUUUUUUAUUUUCCCCUACCAAUGUAAUGCAGCCAUGAUGUAAAGCUUGAACCAAAGUCAUUUUCUCACUAGCUGCUGUGCCUGUGUGGACCACCACACUUUCACUACUCACUACUGACAAAACUAGGCCAUCUUUUACUACCCUUACGGCUCAUAUUGUCCAACAGGUUGCAUUUGUCAUCUAGUGAAGAGUUAAAUCGCUUUAGCUCUCCAUAUCAAUGCAUUUAUUGAUCCAAAGAUAAACUAAAUAAUAGCCUUGUAUUUAAGUGCUGUUGAGAUUUUGGGAGUCCUACAUUUCAUUCUUUUACUUUCUUAGUGUGGUUUUGGAUAAAAUCCAGAUGCUGCACAGGUGCUGCCAACAUGAUGAGCGAAUAGCAAUAGAAAUGAUAUUAAAGAGGUUAAUUUUACAUCCAGGAGGACCUGUGGGAGCACAAAAUGUUGGCUUUCAUAUCACAUGACUAAAGUUAAAUAUUAAGCAUAGCAUUGGUACAUUGUCUUAUUUUUAUGUUAAAACUGUAGAGCUUCAGGGUGUACUGUGACAUUUACAGUAGUGUUUAAUCCGUAGCAUUCCUGUUAACAUCGAAUAUGACAAAGAGGUAGGCAUCCACCACAUUUUCCUGAUUUGUUUCAGUUUGUUGUAACUCGUAACGCUUGCUUUUUGUAUUGUUAUAUCAUUUGAAAUACCUCGACAGCACUUACAUGGAAGGUUCAGUUUACGUAAAAGUCAACUUCGGAAUGUACAGAAGUUGUGUGUAGGGGUCCUUUUUU